GAAGCUGCAUUGAGCAGCGCUGUUAGCUGUGUGAGGAGCGGUGUAGUGUGUAGACCAGCUCCUCUGCACUCAUACACUCCAUGUCUGCUGGUCAUCUGUGUCACCCCCCGCACUCCUCUGGACUACACUGUCACAGCUCCUGCCUGGGAUCCUGUUCUCCAGCACUGCUGGACUGGAGCCGUACAAACUAUAAGAACUAACUCAUAAGUCCUAAAGACAGAGUGAUGCCUGCCAGCGGCUGCUGGAGCUGCCAGUAACCAAGGGAGCAGCACAACGUGGGUCGCCUCGCCAGGGUAUUGGAUGCUCCAGUGCCUGGAUCAGUGUGCCGGGACACAGCAGCCGGGACGCCCCCCUCGUCACUAUGGUGCAGCAGAGCAGCAACACCGACAACACGGAGGCACUGCUGGCAGGAGAGAGCUCGGAGUCCGGAGUGGGCAUCGAGCUGGAUAUGGCAUCUUCUCCCACGCCGGGCUCCACCGCCUCCACCGGGGGCAAAGCUGACGAUCCCAGCUGGUGUAAGACCCCGAGCGGCCACAUCAAGAGACCCAUGAACGCCUUCAUGGUGUGGUCGCAGAUCGAGCGCAGGAAGAUCAUGGAGCAGUCCCCGGACAUGCACAACGCCGAGAUCUCCAAGCGCCUGGGCAAGCGCUGGAAGCAGCUGAAGGACAGCGACAAGAUCCCCUUCAUCCGGGAGGCCGAGCGGCUGCGGCUCAAGCACAUGGCCGACUACCCGGACUACAAAUACCGUCCCAGGAAGAAGGUCAAGUCCGGCGCCUCCAAGCCCGGGGAGAAGGGCUGCAGCAGCCCCGGAGCAGGGAACCCUAGCGGCGGCUGCAGCAGCUCCUCCAAGCCCCCAAUGAAGAAGAGCAGCGGUGCCAAGUUAUGCAGCAAGCCGCACACCAAGCUGGUCCUGGGCAGCAGCAGCAAAGCCUUCCCCGAGCAGCCGUGCAUCCUGGACCACCACUCUCUGUACAAGUCCCGGAGCACGGGCACCUCCAGCCGGCAGGCCGCCCCGGACACUAAGAAGCCCAAGCACCGGCUCUACAUCUUCGGGGCCCCCGGCUCGUCCCCCAUGGCUGUGCCCGCCAGUCCCACUCUCAGCUGCAGCUCUGGUGAGGCCAGCGACCCCCUCAGCCUGUACGACGACGGGGCCGGCUCCAUAAACAACUCCCCGGACUCUCCAUCCGAGCACGACGGCUACCCGAGGGCGUCCUCCCCGGCCCCGUCCUCCUCUCACUCCUCCUCUUCUUCGGCUGCAUCCUCCCCCUCCUCCGCAUCCUCCUCCUCUUCAUCUUCCUCCUCGGACGAGGAGCUGGAGGACGAGCUCCUGGAGCUCAACCCCAGCCCGGGCUUCGAGAGCAUGUCCCUGGGCAGCUUCAGCUCGGCGGCCCUGGACAGAGACCUGGACUUUAACUUUGAGGCGGGCUCCCGCUCCCACUUCGAGUUCCCGGACUAUUGCACCCCCGAGGUGAGUGAGAUGAUCUCCGGGGACUGGCUGGAGUCCAGCAUCUCCAACCUGGUGUUCACCUACUGAGCCCAGCAGGGACUGCACUUCUACUUUACACGGACCACGUAGGGACUGUUGUGUGUGCCCACCAGAGAGGGCAUCAUCACAUGGGAACAUGGCACUUAUAGGGGCUACUGCACGCCACAUCCGAGCCAUGUGGGGAGGGAUCGCCCAGUCUUUAGAGGAGAGGAAGGAGCACAAGGAAAGUUUAGACUUCCACCUUCUUCUGAUGACCGCGGUGGCUGUGGAGCUCCCCAGGAGGAGGAGGGGGCUUCACUAGGGACUGGAAUGGAUUUGCACGUCUGGAGAAGGAGGGCACCUUUGGGCCAUCCCCGAGUAGAGAUGGACAUUGAGACAAGGACACUACUUGGCCGAGGAGGAGGAGAGAGAGAGCUGAUGAUGUUACAUAUUUCUGUGGUACCGGGGGGAGGCUCUUUUACAAUGUGUUUCUCAGAAUCGUGAUGGUGUCGGAUUAUUUCACUGGUGGGUUAAUAAUAUAGCAUGUUAUCCUGUCUAUCUUUUAAGGUUUCUGUAAGACUGUUGAACAGUUUUUUUUUAGUGUUAGGAUAAAUCUACAGCCGAUAGGUGGCGCUAUGUUUGAUUCCUAAGAAAAUCACCAGCUUUUUUUCUCAUUCUUAACUCUUUAAGGAUUCAAACGCAACUCAAAUCUGUGCUGGACUAAAACUAAUGAUUCAGGACCAAAUUGUUUCUCCUCAGAGUAUGUAUGUGUUCUUCUUAGUACUCAAUAGCUGUACAUGGACAGACUGUUCGUUUUUUGGGUUCCCUUUCUCAUUGGUAAUCCAUAUUGUCCCCUCCCCCUCCUUUUUGCAUAUGUACUUCAGCUCCCCAUCUUUUCUAUGUGGACCUAUUUAUACUGGCCAAACUUUUUUAUGUUUCCUUCUGUUUGGUAGCUUUCUCCUUCCCCCAUCCACACCGUUUUUGUCUCCUUCACUGAAGGGCUAGAGUUUUAACUUUUAAUUUUUUAUAUUUAAAUGUAGACUUUUGACACUUUUAAAAAGAAAAAAAAAAAAGAAAGAGAGAUGAAAAACGUUUGAUUAUUUUCUCAGUGUAUUUUUGUAAAAAAUCUAUAAAGGGGGUGUUUUAACCGGUGUCAAUUGCAGUUUUGAAUAUCCUGUCAAUACUACAAACAGGGAGGCUGGUUAAUACCAAGAAUAAAGUUCACCAGCCUAUACUUACCAUGUUUACACACUCAGUCUGCAGGCUUCUUAAAGUCACAGCAUCCCUUCCAGCCUAGUGCACUCAGCAGUCACCUCCAGAGUGUUCCUAAUACACUGUAUAUCGGUUGAAAACUUACAACAAAAAAAAGUCUUUGUAUUAAUAAUCUUGUGUAGUAUUUAUAUAGCUCUUUAUAACUCUACUUCAGAGGAUUUUUAUUUUGUUUUGUAUUAUUGUGCUGCCAUCUCCUGUGUGGAAUAGUGGCAGCAUGUCGGGUUUGGCACUGUUAAUGCUUCAAGGAGAAGAGGAACAAUGUUAGUCGCCUGUAGGGGUAGAACAUUGAGCCACGCGCUUGUCUUUUUUUUGUUAGAAAUGCCAUGCCAGUCUCCUGUAAUUGUCAGAGGCUUGCUUUUUUUUUUGUAAACCCUUGAAAUAGGAGUUCCCCUUUAAGGGUUACGCAAGCUAGCCUGUAGUAGAAUGCUUUAAAGCAACCAGUGCACAUUCUAAGCAAAAAAAAAAAAAAAAAGGGAUCCUGUAGCUUUAACUUCUAGACCACAUAUUUGCACUUUUUUUUAUAAUACAAAAAAAUAAAACCGUGCCGUUUAAACCACUGGA